CUCGGCUUGUAAGGAGGGGCAGGCGCGCGCGGUCUCUCUGCGCAGGCGCGGCCUGUGGUCCACGCGCGGAGUUAUGCCAGCUCGGCACGUUUCGCGUGUCCGGGCCUUGUAUCGGCGCAUUUUGCUGCUGCACCGGGUUCUGCCCCCAGACCUCAAAGCCCUUGGUGACCAGUACAUGAAGGACGAAUUUAGGAGACAUAAGACCGUUGGUUCUGACGAGGCCGAGCGAUUCUUGCAGGAAUGGGAGGCAUAUGCAGCAGUGCUAUGGCAACAAGCUAAUGAAAACAGACACAAUUCAACUGAAAAAGCAUGUUUUGGAAUCUCCCUACCAGAAGAAAGACUUAAUGACUUUCGUGAUGAGCAAAUUGGACAGUUGCAAGAGCUGAUGCAAGAAGCCACUAAACCCAAUAGGCAGUUUAGUAUUACUGAGUCCAGGAAACCAAAAUUUUAGUCUAUACAAUAAAGUUUAACAAAGCAUUUCAAAUUCAGAGCCCCUUAUUUUAACUGUCAUUGGUUUUUAAAAUUUAUUUCUUAAGCUUUUAGGCUUUGAGAAUGCCUGGUGUUAAUGAAGUAUUCUUUUAUCUGGGGAUGAAUGCUCUUUGUAAUAUACAGAUCAGGAUCAUAAGUGGAUGAAACUUUACAUUAUUGAAGUACCAGCAUUUGCUGGAUAGGAUUUGUUUUUUGGAUUGAACAAGAAAGAAUGGCUCUAAAAUGGACAAGCUUGUGAAAUUUUGCCCAAAAUUUUUUUAUGUAUAAAUUCGUUUUAAUGCUAUUCUUGUUCAAGCAUUAGCUUCAUGGCUUUAGCUUUAUAAGUAUAUUUAUUAUGAUAAUGAUUGAUAGAUGUAGAAUUCUGAGGUUAUUAUUUAAUUUCCAUUUGCAUGGAAUAUAUCUUUUUCUAUCCCCUCACUUUCAGUCUGUAUGUGUCCCUGGAAGUUCCUUUAGCAUUUGUUGUGAAGCUUGUUUGGUGGUGCUGAAUUCUCAGCUUUUGCUCGUCUGUAAAGCUUUUGAUUUCUCCAUCAAAUCUGAAUGAGAGUUUUGCUGGGUAGAGUAUUCUUGAUUGUAGGUUUUUUCCUUUCAUCACUUUUUAGUUAUAUCAUGCCACUCCCUCUGGCCUGCAGAGUUUCUGCUGAAAAAUCAGCUGAUUGUGAUUGGAGUUUUUGCAAGAGGAGGUGAGCUCAAGUCCAGCAAGGUUAUUAUUUAAAUACAUUGUUAUCCUGAAAAUUUCAUCACUUCUGCUUUAAUAAUACAUGAUUAUUCUUUUAAAUGUCCCUUCUCCCUAAGUCAUUGUUUAUUUACAAUGAAAAGUUAAAAAGAAGCUUUAGGAUUCAGUAUUAUACAUAUUACCAUUUGUCUAUUGAUUUUACAAUGUUUAAUACAUUUCUCUGGUGUUUGUUAAUAACAGAUGACCCCUUAAAUUAAUUUGUAGUUACCCUGAGAAUCUCAUUUAUGGCCUAAUUCAUGGGGAGAUAAAAACACUUUCAUUAUUUUUUUAAGUCGAUUUAUACACUGAAAAAAAAAAUAAGCAUUUUAGAAUGUGACUGGGAUUAUGAAUUUAAAAAAAUAUUGUAUACUAAAACAACUUGCAUAUAUAAUUAUGUAUGUGUACUCUGAGAUUUUUUUUAACACCUUUAUUGGCGUAUAAUUGCUUUACAGUGGUGUGUUAGUUUCUGCUUUAUAACAAAGUGAAUCAGUUAUACAUAUACAUAUGUUCCCAUAUCUCUUCCCUCUUGCUUCUCCCUCCCUCCCACCCUCCCUAUCUCACCCCUCUAGGUGGUCACAAAGCACUGAGCUGAUCUCCCUGUGCUAUGCGGCUGCUUUCCACUAGCUAUCUAUUUUACGUUUGGUAGUGUAUAUAUGUCCAUGCAACUCUCUCACUUUGUCACAGCUUACCCUUCCCCCUCCCCAUAUCCUCAAGUCCAUUCUCUAGUAGGUCUGUGUCUUUAUUCCCAUCUUACCCCUAGGUUCUUCAUGACCUGUGCUCUGAGAUUCUUAAGUGAUCAUUUUUCAGAUGCAAUUGUGUUUAUGUCAGCUUUUAAAAAAAUUAAUUCAUAUUUGCUCUGUUUUUCUGUCUUGUGCUUUCUCUGUGUGUAUGGCUGCUGGGUCCCUCAGUCCUUUCUUCCUCUCUGAUCAGUCUAUAGACUGAUCAGUGAGUCUUUUCUCAUAAGUCAGUCAGUAAUUAGUCUUUACAUUGUAACAGGCUCCAGGAAUAAAACAAUGAAUAAGAUAAAGCUCUUGCCCUGAAGUUAGUCUUAACUGUGCAUUCAGGAACCCUGUUUCAUCAUGAACGAAUACGUUACGUCCUCAAACUCUUUAUAGUACUAUCUUUUUCAUCUUCUUGGUUAAUAGAAACCUAACACCUGUGAGGACACUACUUCCUUGUGUCUUGUGAUGUGGGAGUUGGGGAUCCUUUAGAACUCACUGUAACAGAGAACCCCCUCCUGUUGUCCCUUUCAACCCAUCACUGUGUCACCCUUACUUAAGAAUUCUUUCAUUUGUAGUAUUUUCUUUUGGUUAUACAUUUUCUUGUUCUUUGGUACCUGGCUCAUACCUCUUCAUCUCAUGUCUUGCCAUCAUUUUGGUGACAUUAGUACUAAUCUAUGUGGUUGACUUACCUAGUAGCCAGAUGGUUCUUUGAUGGUUCAUUAUUCACUUUCACUAAUCCAACCACCCAUUUUCUUGGCUACACUUAAACCUACUUUAUUCAAAACUGAAUAAAGCUCCAAUUCUGAAAUUAUGAAUUACUACAUUCCAUACUUUUGUCAUUGCAUCUUAAUGUGAUUAGUUUUUUAC